CACGUGACGGGGGUGGAGCGGACAGGCGUUGUGCUUAACUAGCGCCCCCCAUCCACCAUGUUUUCUGGCCGUUUCUAGUUUGAUUUGUCCCCAAAACCAAAUGGAAAUGGCCGGGAGCUCCAAGGAUCAUAGGCGCCCUGACUGAGGCUGAGGCUGGGCUAACGCGCAAGUGCGGCGGGAAUAUCCUAGCAGGUCUUCGCGGAGAGAGACGAUGGCGUCUAGCAGUAACUGGCUGUCCGGAGUGAAUGUUGUGCUUGUGAUGGCAUACGGGAGCCUGGUUUUUGUACUGCUGUUUAUUUUUGUGAAGAGACAAAUCAUGCGCUUCGCAAUGAAAUCUAGAAGGGGACCUCAUGUCCCUGUGGGACACAAUGCUCCCAAGGACUUAAAAGAGGAGAUCGAUAUUCGACUGUCCAGGGUUCAGGACAUCAAGUAUGAACCCCAGCUCCUUGCAGAUGAUGAUACGAGACUACUGCAGCUAGAAUCCCAGGGGAAUCAAAGUUGCUACAACUAUCUGUACAGGAUGAAAGCUCUAGAUGCCAUCCGUGCCUCAGAGAUCCCAUUUCAUGCUGAAGGCCGGCACCCCUGUUCUUUAAUGGGUAAGAAUUUCCGCUCCUACUUGCUCGAUCUGCGAAACACUAGCACUCCUUUCAAGGGUGUCCGCAAGGCCCUUAUUGAUACCCUCCUGGAUGGAUAUGAGACCGCCCGUUACGGGACAGGGGUCUUUGGCCAGAGUGAGUAUUUGCGGUAUCAGGAGGCCUUGAGUGAGCUAGCCACUGUGGUCAAAGCACGAAUUGGGAGCUCUCAGAAACAACACCAAUCGGCAGCCAAAGACCUAACUCAGUCACCUGAAAUGUCGCCAACAACCAUCCAGGUCACAUACCUCCCCUCCAGUCAGAAGAGCAAACGUCCUAAGCACUUCCUCGAACUGAAGAGCUUUAAAGACAACUACAACACGCUGGAGAGUACUCUGUGACGGAGCUGCAGGCGCCACCUGUGCAGCCUUCAUGUCCUCUGGCUCAGCAGGCCCAGACUUUGCCAGCCAAAGCUUCUGUUGAAGCCAGAGUUCUUUCAGAACUGUGUCUGAAGGGUCAUUCCCCAGUCCUUUCUUAGAGGCAUUUUCAAAUACUGGCUAAGACCUCAUUAUCUCCCAAAAGCACUUUUUCUGGAUUUGAAUUCAGAUGUCAUUAAUGUUUCUGUCAAAACUUCCUUAAAAAUCUCCACUUGUU